UUGGCGCGGAACGUUACAAUCGCAUUUCUGCGCGGGUAAUGUCCUUUUGUUGUUAGCUAAACACGAAGUUUAAUUGUAGUGUAUAACCAGUAAUUUACCACAUCAGAAAACUACAAGACAGCAUGCAGCGAAGCAUAUCAUCUUUCUUUCAGCCCAAAACGGGCAAAGAGAAGGAGAGCAAAGAAAGUGAUGGACCGGUGAAAGACAAGCCGGUGAAAGACAAGCCGGUGAAAGACAAGCCGGUGAAAGACAAGCCGGUGAAAGACAAGCCGGUGAAAGACAAGCCAGAACCAGUCAAAAGGCCUCUCAAAGUUCAGAAUGGGGUCCAUGAAGAGCCUGAUUCGCCAGUAAAGAAGUUCACUAAACGCAGUCGUCAGAUCUUGGACAGUGAUGAUGAUGAUGAUGAGGCUCCAGCCGGAAUAGAACAGGAGCAAGAGGACAAGGCUGUGCAACCCAAGGAUGAAGUAUUCAAGGCUGUUACCACCCCCCUGUCCCCCGCCUCUCCAGUGACCACAUCCGCCUCUCCAGUGACCACAUCCGCCUCUCCAGUGACCACAUCCGCCUCUCCAGUGACCUCAUCCGCCUCUCCAGUGACCACAUCCGCCUCUCCAGUGACCUCAUCCGCCUCUCCAGUGACCUCAUCCGCCUCUCCAGUGACCUCAUCCGCCACUCCAGUGACCUCAUCCGCCACUCCAGUGACCCCAGCUGCCUCCCCCACCCCUGGAACCCCUGACACCCCCACUUCCAUCUCACCUUCCGGAAUACCCAAACGCCGCACCGCAAGGAAGCAGUUCCCAAAGAGAAAGCUGGACAGCCGGAGUGGCAGUGAAAAGGAGGAGGAAGAACAAGGACAGCAGAAUAAAAGAGCAAAGGUUGAGGAGACACAGGACAGCACCGAGAAUGAAGAGGAAGCGAUGGACGUGGGAGGAGAGAACAGUGUGGAGAAGCCUGGGGUGGUGCAGAACAACCCGGAGGAGAAAGAGACGGAUGAAGAGAAGACCAAAGAUGGAGAGAAGGAGAAAGCACUUGAUGUGAAAGAGACCGCGGCUGAGGAGGAAAAAGGAAAAAGUGAAAAGGCUAAAGAGAGAAGCCCUAAGGGUCAAAAGGCUAAAGAGAGAAGUCCUAAAGAGAGAAGUCCUAAAGAGAGAAGUCCUAAAGAGAGAAGUCCUAAAGAGAGAAGUCCUAAAGAGAGAAGUCCUAAAGAGAGAAGUCCUAAAGAGAGAAGUCCUAAAGAGAGAAGUCCUAAAGAGAGAAGUCCUAAGGGUCAAAAGGCUAAAGAGAGAAGCCCUAAGGGUCAAAAGGCGGUAAAGGAUGAGAAAGAAAAAGGAAGUCCUAAAAAUGAAAGGAAGGAGGAGAAAGACAUGAAAGAAGAGAAAGUGUCAGAAAGCCCCCAAGCCAAGAAAGCCCCCACCAUCAGCAGUUUCUUUGCUCCCAGGAAGGCUGCUGUAAAGAUGGAGAGACCAGAGAAGAGCGAGGGAGACGGAAAGGAGAAGAGCGAGGGAGACGGAAAGGAGAAGAGCGAGGGAGACGGAAAGAAGAAGAGCGAGGGAGACGGAAAGGAGAAGAGCGAGGGAGACGGAAAGGAGAAGAGCGAGGGAGACGGAAAGGAGAAGAGCGGGGAGUGUAUAAAGGAAGAGGCGACGGUGUCCCGUACCCCGGAGAACGUUAAAGACAAGAAAGGAGAGAAGACUGCCCAGGCCCAGUAUGACCCGUCCAGACCCAACUAUCACCCUGUAGACCACGCCUGCUGGAGCCGGGGACAGAGGGUCCCGUAUUUGGCUGUUGCACGCACCUUUGAAAAGAUUGAGGAAGAUUCUGGCAGAUUGAGGAACAUUGAAACAUUAUCUAAUCUUCUACGCUCUGUUAUCGUCCUCUCUCCAGAGGACCUGCUGUGCUGCGUCUACCUGUGUCUCAAUCAGCUGGGUCCUGCUUACAUGGGGCUGGAGCUGGGAGUGGGAGACACUGUUCUGAUGAAGGCUGUCGCCCAAGCUACUGGGCGACAGUUGGACAAAAUCAAGGCGGAGGCUGCAGAGAAGGGGGACUUGGGGUUGGUGGCUGAGAGUUCCCGUAACAACCAGAGAAUUAUGUUCCAGCCAGCCAAUCUGAUUGCGGGGGGUGUGUUCAACAAACUGAAAGACAUCGGGAACAUGAGUGGAAAUUCUGCCAUGAAUAAGAAGAUCGACAUCAUCAAAGGUCUCUUUGUAGCCUGUCGUUUCUCUGAAGCCAGAUACAUUGUCAGGUCGCUGGCAGGGAAGCUGAGGAUUGGCUUGGCUGAACAGAGUGUACUCUCUGCCCUGAGUCAGGCUGUGUGUCUGACUCCUCCAGGACAAGACUUCCCUCCGGCGGUGGUUGACGCGGGGAAAGGAAUGAGUGCAGAAAAACAGAAAGCUUGGAUAGAAGAGAAGAGCCUUGUCCUCAAACAGACUUACUGUGAGAUGCCCAACUAUGAUGUCAUCAUCCCAGUCAUUCUGAAGGAGGGGAUUGAUGAGCUCCCCAACCACUGCAAACUCACUCCAGGUGUACCGUUGAGGCCCAUGCUGGCUCACCCCACCAAAGGUGUAGGGGAGGUGAUGAAGAGAUUUGAUGAAGCCGCCUUCACCUGCGAGUACAAGUAUGAUGGAGAACGAGCACAGAUCCAUAUCUUGGAGAACGGGGAAGUGCGUAUUUUCAGUCGCAACCAGGAGGAUAAUACCACCAAAUAUCCUGACAUCAUCUCCCGCAUUCCUACGGUAAAGAAUGAGUCUGUGAUUUCCUGUGUGUUGGACUCUGAGGCAGUAGCUUGGGACAGAGAGAAGAAGCAGAUCCAACCAUUCCAGGUUCUCACCACACGGAAGAGAAAGGAUGUGGCUGCAGCUGAUAUCAAGGUCCAGGUGUGUGUGUACGCCUUCGACCUCCUGUAUCUCAAUGGAGAGUCUCUAGUGAAGAAGCCCUUGUCAUGUCGCAGGGCUCUGUUGAAGGAGAGCUUCCAGGAGAAGGAGGGAGAGUUUGUGUUCGCCCGUGCCAUCGACUCAGACAACACAGAUGUCAUCGCUGAGUUCCUGGAGCAAUCGGUUCGAGACUCCUGCGAGGGACUCAUGGUGAAGACUCUGGAGAAAGAUGCCACGUAUGAAAUCGCCAAGCGCUCUCACAACUGGCUCAAGCUGAAGAAGGAUUAUCUGGAUGGUGUGGGGGACACGGUGGAUCUGUGUGUGAUCGGAGCGUAUCUGGGGAAGGGCAAGAGAACAGGGACCUACGGAGGCUUUCUGCUCGCCUGCUACGAUGAGGACAAUGAAGAGUUCCAGUCAGUCUGCAAGAUUGGGACAGGGUUCAAGGAUGAAGAUUUGGAGCAACAUUAUAAAUUCUUAAAGGAGCAUAUUUUGCCAAAGCCACGCCCCUAUUACCGUGUGGACCAAUCAACUGAGCCCGACUUGUGGCUCGAUGCAGUGCAAGUAUGGGAAGUGAAGUGUGCCGACCUAUCGCUGUCGCCGAUCUACAAGGCUGGCAUGGGAUUGUGUGACCCAGAGAAGGGCAUCUCUCUUCGGUUUCCACGCUUCCUGAGGAUCAGAGAUGAUAAGAAGCCAGAGGAGGCCACUUCAGGAGGACAGAUUGCUGAUUUAUACAGGAAGCAGCAGGUUGUGCAGAAUCAGGGCGACAAAGCUGACCUUGAGGACUACUACUGACCUCUGACCUGAUCAGCUGCCCGUCCAGUCGCCAAUGACUCGGGGGAAAUCUCAAUGUGUACAUAAUUAUUAUUGUUUUUUUAAAUGAUGAACCUUGAAUAAGGCUCUGCCAAUGUUAUGACGUUAAACAUUUUGUUGUUGAGCCUAAGGCUUUUUUGUGCGGGGGGGGAUUGUAUACACAGCAGUAUAAAGUACAGUUGUCAAUGACUCAAAUACAUUAUGGUGAUUUAUGUGAAUAAAGGCUUUUGCCAAUUUUAUAAUA